UCUCUUUAAGAGUCUCUCUCUCUCUCUCUCUCUCUCUCUCUCGAAAUAAUCGCACGAACCCCCAACAAGUCAUCGGACCUGUCAAUCAUCCGGUCGGCGCCCUUUGAUCGUCGGGUCUCGUCGCCUUGUCUUUGGGGCUCAAAUGAGCUGCUUCGCUGCUGCCGGGGAACAUUAGUGCUCCAGCAACCAGCCGGCCCGGACGCACAGCAACUUUUUUUUUUUUUUUUUUGUAGUCCUCCCCUUGUAUGUGACGGAGGUUUCUACACCGAGGACAUUUAUAACAGGGGGAAGAAAGAAAAAAGGAGAAGAAGAAGAGAAAAAGUCGCUUCAUUCUUUCCUUUAUUUAUACUUUUUUUUUUUUAUUCUUUUUUUCUGUUUUUUUUUAUUUCUUCAAAGUGUACACAUAUAUAUAUAUAUAUAAAUAAAUAUAUAUAUAUAUAUAGCAAGAGGACGUGGGGGAGAAGCAGACAUGCCUCAGCUCAGCAGCGGCGGCGGAGACGACCUGGGAGCCAACGAUGAGAUGAUCGCGUUCAAAGACGAAGGCGAGCAGGAGGAGAAAAUACAGGAGAACGCGUUCACGGAGCGAGACCUGGCCGACCUCAAGUCCUCCCUGGUGAACGAGUCGGAAAUCAAUCAAAGUCCGCACGCAGCGGCGGUCAGGCGGGGACAGCAGGGCGAGCAGAGGGGCUUCCCGGAGAAACACCGGGAGCAUCUCGACGGAGCGUCGAAGCAUCAGGAUGGCGGCAUGUACAAAACGCAGGCGUACCCGGGGUACCCGUUCCUGAUGCUGCCGGACCCCUACCUCCCCAACAGCUCGGUGUCUCCAAAUUCCAACAAAGUGUCCGUGGUGCAGCAGUCUCACGGGAUGCUGACGUCUCUGCUGCCCUACAGCAACGAGCACUUCAGCCCGAGUCCUCCACACCUGCCCACAGACAUGAGCCAGAAGACAGGCGUUCACAGGCACCACUCCCAGGACCUCUCAGGGUACUACUCCCUCCCUCCAGGCGGCGUCGGACAAAUCUCUCCCUCCAUGGGCUGGUUCCCCCACUCUCUGAUGCUCGGCCCGUCAGGCAUGCAUCCCACGGGGAUCCCCCACCCGGCCAUCGUGCCCCACACGGGCAAACAGGAGCACGAUCAGUAUGACAGGGGCAUGUACAUGAAGCCGCAUCACGUGGAGGCCAAGCGGGAGAAGGAGCCCAAGAAGCCGGUCAUCAAGAAACCCCUGAACGCCUUCAUGCUCUACAUGAAGGAGAUGAGGGCAAAGGUCAUCGCCGAGUGCACAUUAAAGGAGAGCGCCGCCAUCAACCAGAUUCUGGGCCGAAGGUGGCACGCUCUGACCCGGGAGGAGCAGGCCAAGUACUACGAGUUGGCCCGGAAGGAGCGGCAGCUCCACAUGCAGCUCUACCCCACCUGGUCCGCCAGAGACAACUACGAGGCGGGCCUUAGCGGGGUCGCAGGGGAAAAGAGUAAAGCUGAUUGGGGCAAAAAGAAGAGGAGAAAAAGGGAGAAGCUGCAGGACUCCAACACAGGAGGAAAAAGAAGUGCGUUCGCUACCUUCAAGGAGGAGGCUGUCCCAGCCCAACUUCUUCAGAUUUAAGUGCUAUAGACUCUCCGCCCUCCCCGACCCGCCACCGCCUGUACCAGCACCGGCUCCCCCUCUCCCCGGGCUGCUCCCCGCCGCCGGCCGCCGCCCGCCCACCUCCCCUCCUUCGCACCUCCCCUCGUCCCGCCCCUCGCCCCCGCCGCCCCGUCAGCCCAACGCGCCCAAACGCACCCAAGCGCGCCCAGAACUGACCGGCAGGCCGGCGCGCGGCUCGGCGGCGGCGCUGUCGGCCUCCAAGGCCGCGGGACUUUCUCUCAAAGUGCUAACGGGGUCUCCGUGAUCUCGCGUCACCCCCCCAAAGCCCCGCCCCCAAAACCAGCUUCCUCCAGAGAGCCAUGAAGACCAUCUUCCUCACGUUUUCACCCCUCUCCCCCUUUUCUUUGCGAGGGGGGGGGGUCAUCAUCCACAGGUCAACGGUCCUCAAACCCUCCUUUAUAAAUGUUAUUUAAUCCAGCAACCGUUUAACCUAGUCACACCGUACAGGUGGGACUUCCUGGUCUUGGACCUGAAGGUUUUAGGAAGAGGACUCUGUGGGGGAUCCGGGGUCCCCGAUCGAAGAGUUCUGGUUUACUUAAUCCUGAUCUGCUGCCAUUCAACUCAAACGACGCGGUGGACUUUUGGGAGUCAAUUUGACAAAUAAAAACUCUUUUAUUAUAUAAAUAUAUAUUUUAAAUCUUUUGUUUUCAAAGCCGGCCCCCCGUGCUUUGACCUCCUCGACAAUCACCAAACAAAAAGCUUUGUAAGUCGAGCUUAACUUAAGCUCGACUUAGACCAGAGCAGCAGUCACCCUUCUUCUUCGUCUUCUUCAGCCGCCAUUUUGUUUAUUGCAUUUAACAAAACAAAGACAGAAAAAAAAGGUCAAAUGUUUUUUCCCCCAACUGCAAGUUACAUUGUUCUUUUAGGCACUUUCAGUCGCUCUCUAUAUCAUCGGUUACAUUUGUUUUGUUGUUGAUUUCUGUCGUGUUUUUUAUUUUAUUAAAAGGUCGGUGUUUUACUGGUGGGGAAACCCUCAGAAAGGAUUUUUACUUCUUUUUGUUCUUCUGAACAAUUUUUGCAGCUCCGUAAAAACUUAAUCCGAGACCAAAUGGGUACUACUAUUAUAUUGUGUUGUAAAGUUUUAUAAAUGUUGGAAUUCCCUAUUAUAAUAAACUUUUAUAAUGUUUUUAUGUAAAGAAAAUGAAAGAAAAAAAAAAAGAAAAAAAGAUAUUUUGUAGUUGCUGCCGUUUCUUAAAGCAAUGCAAUACUUUGUGUUAAGUUUCAGACACGUGGUGUUGUCACUCUGCAUGUUCCACCUUCAACGCUGUAAACAAACAGCUAGUUCCCGUUUCCUCCAGCAGAGAGCGCUCUUGAGCUAGAAAUAGCUUGUUUUAUGUUGACAUCAG